GCCCAGUCCUGGGGCGUUCUGAUGAGCAAGUGAGUUAACCCAACUUACAGUACUAGGAUAGCGCCCGAUGACAGCAAAGACAGAGUUCUCAACUCUCAAUCUUUUAGCUAAUGGCGCUUGAAACUACCCCAACAUGACCGAGUUUGAAUCGGCUCUCGGAGUUACAAAACUUGAAAGCCUUGGGACUCAAACCCCAGCGCAAGAACGGAACACGAGCAGGGCAACGGCGCAAUACAGCUUUUUCUCCAAUCAGAGUCCGCAGGGCUGGAGCCACGUUUGCGACCUCGUCCAAUCUGGUCCCCAGAAGGGCGGGGACGCCUACCUGCACCUGUAGCUAGGCUGCCGCCUCCUGUCCCACCCUGACCCUCCCCUCCUCCCCAGUUCUGGUGUCUUCAGGCCUUUGGCCAACCACCAGCAGGUGGGCAGAUGUCUCAGCGCGUUCCUACGGACGCUCAGGAAGGGCGAGUGCGCCGGAGUCAGCAGCCCAAGUCCUAUCUAGCUGCGGCCAGAGAGCAGAGUGAACGGGAAGAAAGGACGCGCCCCAGAAUGUGAGACUCCCACCGGGAAAGGCUGACUGGGCUCGCCCUGAGGCGGCGGAUCUGACAGCCCCUGCCACCUGAGCGAACCGUGCUGCCAGCCCCAGGUUGUUCCCACAGUGUGCGAGAGUCAGGGGUGUUGGGCAAGAUCAGCAACGAUUCCUGCAUCUCUCUUAAUCAGCGACAAGGGACACCGCGACUAAGCUUCAGGCACCCCGAGACGCCCCUCCGUGUUCUAGAGAACCCGCCUGGCCCUGGAAGCCCCUGCAGGACGCUCCCUCAACUCCCAUCCAGCAAGCCUGCGUGGGAGAAGCCUGGAAGAACCGGUGUUAACUGUCACAGACCACGGAAAAGAGAGGAGCCGUGCUGGCCCAGACCCUUCCCCGAGCAGGGUGCCCAGGGUCGUCUGGCCUAAGGACCAUGGCAGACAGUGGCAGCUCCACCAGCAGCUCCAGCCCCUGGUGGAAAUCUCUGACCAGGAAGAAAAGCAAGGAAGUCACAGUGGGGGUGCAGCCUCAGAUUCAGCCAGAGACUGGCCUGGAUCCCUCACCACCUCACUCAGAUCGGACUAGCAGUUCACCAGAAAAUCAGCACUCCGGUGUCCUUGGGGUCACCGGAGAGCCCCUCAGGCCAGAUACGUUGUGUGAGGAGAAAUCAGGCAACAGCCGGCGCAAUUUGAAGAUCUCACGCUCUGGCAGAUUUAAGGAGAGGAGGAAAAUGCGCGCCACACUGCUCCCUGAAGGAGACAGAUCUCCUGAGGAGGCUGACUUUCCAGAUGACCCCCAGGAGGACAAGCAAUAGCCUGAGCAAGCUCCCAGGAUUGUCUCUCUCUCUGCAGAGAGAGAAAAACACUACUACCCCUAGACCUAGUACUUGGUGCCUCACCCAGGUUCAGAAUAUGCACUUGACCAAGGCCUUCAAGAUUUAAAAUUGUCUAGAAGGUGAAGGGUCAGCUGAGUCCUCAAUAUUCCAUGACUCAGAGACUGAGUAAGUACUUUUCGUGGGAAGGAUAGAUAUCUACUGCUGAGGGAGUUGGCUUUUACAAAAGUUACUCCGAGGUAUCACUAGUGUUUCCGUCACCUGUGGAAGUGACAAGGCUGGAUGGAUAUGUCAGAGGCAGUAAGUAGGUGACCCCCUCUCCAGCUUCUCAAAUGAGGAAGCCACGCUCUUACUGAGGGCUCUGGAGAGCAAAUGAUAGCACUGCUUUUAAUGGCCAAGAAAUGCACUUUAGGUUAGUACCCUAGAUUUAUUGCCUGUGUGAAGGUCUGAGAGGAUCCUCUCAGGUAGAAGCAUUGAGAAGUAAUAUUGCUUUAAGUGAGGACUCCAAAGCUGUAUGCCUGUGUAGUGUGCCCUAUUAAAACUGUUGGACUGUAAGACUUAAGGUGACUUUGUAUACUUUUUUUUUUCUGUCCUAUGUUUUGAAACUCGUCAUACUUAAAGGCAGGCACGCAAGGUCUUAAGUGACAAGGUUAAUUAUUUACCAACAGGGCUCCUGUUGGAAAGCUGCCGGGCAAAGAACUUUUCUAGAAACCAGCAACACCCAGCUGGAACCUGUCUGCCAGAUAUUCCAAUUUGCCAACCAAAUUCAAUGGAAGGGAGUGGUACCAAUUCAUGCUACCCUACAUUCUCCUGACCCUUCUGUGCAUUUCCACAGAGUAACUCACAAAGCCAAUAAUGGGUCCUUUCUAGCAUCCAUUGUGAACCUCACAAGAAUUGUCCAAAACCAUUUUACUGCAUGGACUGAGCUCAUUCAGUUUGUGCAAAACUGCUUCCCCCACCUGUUGCUUCAAAGCCUAUGUCAUUUAGUCUGGGUCUACAUUUAUCUCAUUUCAAAGCCUUUGAUCUAUCAAGCUGCAGAUUUACUAGCAACAACAACAAAAAACCUACCUGUUUGCUUUUCCUAUGAGCUUCAAGAAAAAAGAGUAAAUGAAUACCACCUGCUUUCAGGAGAUUACAAGAGAGUAUUGUACCUUAGAGAGCCACCGAGACCUUGCCCCGGCACACCCCUCUUCGCUUACAAACAAACGUAAAGCAAGGAGAUCACCCUCACCAAGAUGUGAGUCUUGGUAGUCCAUAACUUAGUUGGAGAGGCUCCGAGCAUCCCUAGAGGAAGGCUGAGCUUCCUGUUGUCAUUAUUAUCAAAUUACGAAUUUAUGAAAUAGUAAAACAUAUUAACUAUCUACAGAAACCUCACAGAGGUAUUUGGUGAGGGUGGCUAAAAUGCAUUGAAAUUAAUGACUUGAAGCUGGGUACCACAUAAUAAUAAUAGAGCUGAUGGGCUCGGUUUCACAUAGCUAAGAGCUUACCCUAAAGGAAAUUGCUGGAGGUUAUUUACCUGACAAUCCCGAAGACCUUAGAGUAAAAGAGAAAAUUGCAUUUUUCCUUUUAUUGGUGUUUUGUAUUCUUUGUGAGCAUGAGAAGACUUUUUAAGUGUAUUUAGAAGCAGAAAGUGUGUGGCCAGUGUCUCUGGGGUGGCAGGGCAGGGACUGGAGGUUGGCCUCUCAGAUGAGAAAGACUUCCUGUCCAUUUUCAGUGGACUUCCUAUGUCUAGAUUCAAAUGAAGGAGAGCUGGGGAAGUGGAAUGGAUGGGAGCCUGUAGAGGAGGGAGUAGUGGGCUGGAGUGAGCAGUGUGGGCAUUGCCUGGAGAACCUCUACAAGAUGUUCCAAAUUGUAAGAAAUAGUAAACCUAGAACAAGCACCUAUGCAAAGUGUCUUCUACCCACAGGAGGACCGUAAGUCAGGACUGUUCUCAUGUAUAUAAUCAGGUCUGCACCUGAGUAAUUUAAAAUCUUAUACCUGCUCUUUCAUCUACUAUUUUAUUACUUUAAGAACUAUCAUCAUCAUCACCAUCAUCAUCACCAUCAUCACCAUCAUCAUCAUCAUCAUCAUCAUCAUCAUCAUCAUCAUCAAUCAUCAUCUUCCAAACCCCUCUAAAUCCACAAAAACCUUGGCAUUUUCCCAGCUUCCGUGUGAGGUGUUGGAUCCCAUCCAACUCUGUAAUUGCAUGGAUAUCCAAUAACAGGCCCAGGGCUAUAAGGUAGGAAUGUGACACACUCACCCUACUAUUCUGAAAGGAAGCCAUGCUCCAGGCACUUUUGACAGUGAGUGCAAUUCACAAUCUGCCAGCUGAGGUUUGUAAUUACAUCGUUUUCGAGUGCUCCUGAAUUAUGCAUCAGGAAGAACACACUGAUUUAAUCCCAAGUCGGGGAAAUCUGAAACCACACAAAAUUGGUAGGAUAAUAAGAUCACGAGGAAGAUAAGAUAAUUUGACAAAGUGUCUUUCUGGGAUUUGUAUUCUUCGCAGACAAUUAAUUACAUUCUGAGAAUCUGUACAGACGUUCGACACUUCUUAAACCUUGCAGUCUUACAGUAAAUAAAGGGAAAUUGCUACAGAA